UUGUGAAUACAGAGUGAGAUGCAUGUGAGCUGAUAUUCUGGUUUGGUGUCAUGAAGGGUUUUCUUUCCAUCAGCUUCUUGUUUUGUUGUUUCUUCCUUCUUUUGGAUUCUUCAACUGCACUUCCUCUAUGUGUUGAUUCAAGAGCACCCUUUACCCUCAAUACCACACUCAGAUUUUGUCCUUACAAUGGAAGCACGUGUUGCAAUUCCACAGAAGAUGCACUGUUACAGAAGCGGUUCCAGCUGAUGAAUAUAUCUGAUACUGCCUGUGCCUCGCUUUUGAAAUCAAUACUUUGUGCGAAAUGUGACCCUUUUUCAGCAGAGCUAUUUACAGUUCAAUCCAAUCCCAGAUCAGUUCCCGUGCUUUGCAAUUCGGCUAUUCCACCAAAUUCUACUCAGUCAAAGGCAGCAGUACAAGACUUCUGCUCUGAAGUAUGGGAUACAUGUCAAACUGUGUCAAUAAUGAACUCACCAUUUUCCCCUUCAUUACAAAGUCAAGGAGGAGGCACACCAGUUAAAACCAAUGCAACCAAGCUAACUGAAUUAUGGCAAUCCAAAACAGAUUUUUGUAAUGCAUUUGGUGGAGCCUCAAAUAAUGAAUCAGUGUGCUUUGAGGGUAAACCUAUUGUACUGAAUGACACUGAGACUCCUAUUAGCCCCCCUCAUGGUUUGUGCCUUGAGAAAAUUGGAAAUGGGUCUUAUCUCAACAUGGUUGCUCAUCCUGAUGGCUCUAACCGUGCAUUCUUCUCUAGUCAAAUGGGUAAGGUUUGGUUGGCCACUAUUCCGGAUGAGGGAUCAGGAGGACAAUUGGAGCUUGAUGUACCAAAUCCCUUUGUUGAUCUAACUGAUCAAGUUUAUUUUGACACUCAAUUUGGAAUGAUGGGCAUGGCUUUUCAUCCUAACUUUGCAAACAAUGGUCGAUUCUUUGCUUCAUUUAACUGUGACAAAAAUAAGUGGUCAGGAUGUGAUGGAAUAUGUUCUUGUAAUUCAGAUGUUAAUUGUGAUCCAUCAAAGCUACCUAAUGAUAAUGGUGCUCAACCAUGUCAAUAUCAAACUGUUAUCGCAGAAUAUACUGCCAAUGGCUCUGCAUCUCAACCAUCCUUGGCAACAAGUGCUAAACCAACAGAGGUAAGAAGGAUAUUUACCAUGGGCCUCCCAUUUACAUCUCAACAUGGAGGUCAGAUACUCUUUGGACCUAAUGAUGGAUAUUUAUACUUCAUGAUGGGAGAUGGAGGAGGUUCUGGGGAUCCAUACAAUUUUGCCCAGAACAAGAAAUCAUUGCUUGGAAAAAUUAUGAGGCUUGAUAUAGACAACAUUCCAAGUGCAUCAGAAAUUAACAAACUUGGCCUCUGGGGUAGCUACUCCAUUCCUAAGGAUAAUCCAUUCAGUGAGGAUAAAGGUUUGCAGCCUGAAAUAUGGGCCUUGGGAUUAAGAAAUCCAUGGCGAUGCAGCUUUGACUCAGAAAGACCUUCCUACUUUUUUUGUGGAGACGUUGGACAGGAUCUUUAUGAGGAGGUGGAUCUCAUCACAAAGGAUGGAAACUAUGGCUGGCGUGUUUAUGAGGGAACCUAUCCAUUCAUUCCCACAGAAUCACCUGGAGGCAAUACCUCCCUCAAUUCCAUAAAUCCAAUUCCCCCAAUAUUGGGAUACAACCAUUCUGAAGUGAACAAGAAUGAAGGAUCAGCAUCCAUCACUGGUGGAUAUGUCUAUCGAUCCAAGACUGAUCCUUGCAUGUAUGGAAGGUACUUGUAUGCGGAUCUUUAUGCAGGUGCAGUAUGGGCAGGCAUUGAAGAGCCAGAAAACAGUGGAAAUUUCAGCUCUAACAAAAUACCCUUCAAUUGUGCCCAUGAUUCUCCUAUCCAAUGUGACAAUGUACCUGGAAGUUCCCUUCCAGCUCUGGGUUACAUCUAUUCAUUUGGUGAAGACAACAAAAAAGAUGUUUAUGUUCUUACAAGUGCUGGUGUUUAUCGAGUUGUUCCUCCAAGUCGCUGCAGCUACACUUGCUCACUGGAAAAGGCAACAACCACUACUCCUCCUUCUCCUUCUCCUUCUCCAUCUCAUGCAACCCAUUGGAGUUACUUUUCUGGAUAUAUGUUUCUCCACCUUUCAUCUUUCUUCUUGCUUUUGAUGGGUUUUAUGUAG